AUGGCGGCGGAGCGAAAUGGCUCCAUGACGCAGCAGCCGCCCUAUGUGGACGCGUCCACGUACACCUGGCUGGUGGAGCUCGGGCUGGCCAAGGCGAAGUCCAACGGGCCAUUGCCGGACUUGGUGCCCUUUCUCAGCAUGCCGGUCACCGACUCCCGCACCGACCAGAUCACCGACUCCCUCGUCGACCAUAUCACCGACUCCCGCACCGACCAGCUCACCGACUCCCGCACCGACCAGGUCACCGACUCCCGCACCGACCAGGUCACCGGCUCGUUCACCGACCAGCUCGCCGACUCCCUCGCCUGCCAUGUCACCGACUUCUGCGCCGGCCAGCUCACCGACUCCCUCACCGACCAGGUCAUCGACUCCAGCGCCGAUCAGCUCACCGAGUCCCGCGCCGACCAGGUCACCGACUCCCGCACCGACCAGACGCUCCUUGGCUACACGCGGUGGCGCAGCCUCGCUGUGGUGAUCUACAAUACUCUGAACUCAUGGGGGAUGGGCAACGCCGCAUGCAGCGGCAAGGCGCAGCUCCUGCUCGAUGCGUCUCGCGAGGUCACAGAUGGCGCCGAGGAGUGGAUGGGCAAAGGCCUCCUCGCCGCCGAGCGAUUCGUCAACGAGGGGGAGCUGCGGCUGCCUCCGCGGGUCUCGGAGGUGGCACUCGCGCAGGCUUGCAAGCGGGUCGCCAGGGCAGUGGCGGGGGAGGAGCACGGCGGCGUUACGCAUCAGUCCAGGAGCUCCAGGGCGGGCCCGAUCGAACUCCCGGGCCUCUUCAGCGUUGACUUCGCUUCCCAGGGGGACCCGGAGUGCCGCAGGUUCGAGGUCCUCCUUGGUGACGGCCCCGACCAGCCCGGCAGCCCGGCAGGCGCGGAGGAGGACGGCAGGGGCCUCGCCGCGUUGGUGGGCAGUUUCGGCGGCUCUCGGGCGAAAUUCGCAGUGACUCUGCGCGUGGAGUUCGCCAGCGUGUCUUACAAGAAGGCGCACUCGCCCUUCCGGGACGGCGCCAACGUGGAGGAGCAGGUGAAGCAGCUCUUGCAGCAGCGGCCGCUGGACCUGGCCCAUUUCGCCUCCAAUUUCGGGAAUUGUGUGGUGGAAAAGGCUUUCUGCGGCGGGGUAAUGGUGCUAUCCUUCGCGAAGGGGGCUGCCGAUUCUGAGGCCUCCGCGCCGCACAGCGACAGCGCCUUCGAGGUGGAGGUCGCCAGGGCGGUGUUCCGCGUGCGGAAGUCACAGCGGGGCGGCGAGGCGGUUUUCCAGGGCCUCGAGGGGAAGCCAGCACUGACGCUGGAGCAGCUGGAAAAGCAGGUCCGAGGUUGGUGCAAGAGCUUCUCGCCAGACAGGGCGGGGACGCGCGGCAUAGGUCAGGUGGUGCGGCUGCGACUGGCACCCUUCUCGAAGAUCGAGGGGAUCACCGUGCCGCCUGGGCUGACCCAGAUGGACUUCGAGCGCGCAGCCGCGCUGGAGAAGGCCAAGGAGGCGCUGGCCCGCGCAGAGAGGACCCGGCAGCUGCCCGAGCUCCAGGAGGCCCUGGACCGCGCCGCCGCCUCCGGCCUGGAGGACCCGCGGCUCGGGCCGCUGGGCGAGCGGCGGCGGGAGCUCGACGCCGCGCUGGACGGCCUGCGGCAGGCCAUGCGGCAGCAGGGCACGGAGGCGCUGCAGCUCGCGCUCGCGCGCAGCGAGGAGGCCGGGCUCCCCGGGUGGGAGAAGGUGGCGCACGAGGAGGCGUCCGCCUGCCUGGCCGCGCUGCUCGAGGUGGAGCAGCGGGCGCGCCUGCGGGCCGCCGCGGAGGCCGCGGACGUCCGCGCCACCGACCUGGUGCGCAUCCUGCGGGACGCGCUGCCGCAGGGCGCCGGCAGCUCGCGGCCGGGCUUCGCACACCUGCAGGAGUUCAGGCAGGCAGAGGCCCGCCUGGCGGAGCUCAUCGCAGGCCUCACCAGCCAGGCCGCCAGCGGUGCGCUGACGGAGGAGCAGGCGCGGGCCUACCAGGAUGCCUUCGCCACCCUCCCCGACGCCCCCGCGCUGUCGGCCAGUAGCCUCGCAGCCGCCGGCUUCGCGGAUGCCACGGGCAAGCUGUCCCGGCGGCUGGAGGACAGGCGCGAGCUCAGCAGGCGCAGGGCGGAGCUGCUGGGCGACCUGGAGGGGUCGGUGCAGCAGGCAGAGUCUGCGCCAGCUGGGAGCGGCGGCGGCUACGAGGACCUCGGGAAGAGGCUCCGGGAGGCCGACAGGCUUCUCCCCCCGGAGGCGGAGGACGCCGAGGAGGACGAGGCGUCGCCGUCCACGCAGUCGCUGCGCUCUCUCCGGUCCAGGGGCGCCGCUCUCCUGAGGGAGAAGGAGGCCAUGGACCAGACGGCGCGGCAGGUGGAGGCCCGGCUGCAGGAGGCCACCCUGGGCUCGAGCAGCGUGGACGCGCUGGAGUCUGCGCUGCUGGACCUGUCCGUGAAGGAGCAGAGCGGGGCGCUGCACCGCGCGACCGUGGCCGCGCAGGUGGUGGAGCCCGCCCGCCGGCAGCUGGCCGCGCGGCUGCGGCCGGAGCUGGAGGCGCAGCUGGAGGCCGCCAGGAGCGCCCCCACCUCGGACGGCGCCGGCGCUGAGGCCCUCGCCAGGGCCAGGCACCUCCUGCAGCGCAUGGAGGCCGCGUGCCGGCCGACGUGCGCGCGGGAGUGCGGGGAGCUCGCGGCGCUCUGCGCGGAGGCCAAGGGCGAGCUGGAGGCGCGGAAGAGCCGGGCGGGCUCCCUGAGGGAUGCGCGGGAGAAGCUGAGGCUCUCGGUGAGCAGCGGGGACCCCGAGUCCGUGCAGGAGGCGCUGCGCGGCGCGAGGUCCUGCGGGGUGCCAGACGAGUUCACGCUGGACGCGGACGCGCGGCUCCGGGAGCUGCAGACCGCUGAGCGCCAGCUGCGGAGCGCGCUCGACUCGGGCGAUCGGGUGCACCUCAGCGCCUCGCUGGAGGAGGCGUGCCAGCAGGGCCUGAAGACGCAGCUGGUUGACGAGGCGCGCCAGAGGCUGCAGAGCACGAAGACCAGCGCCCUGGUGGACGCGAUCCGGCGGCGCGACUACCCCGCCCUGGGCCGGGCCAUCGCGGACGUGGAGGCCCGUGGCCCCGAGGAGACCGCGGAGGUCAGCGACGUGCUGGAGCAGGCGCGGGCCGAGUACGCGGUGCUGGAUCGGGUGGCCAAGGCUGUGUCGUCCGCGCUUGGCACGCUGAGCUACGAGGAGCUGCAGAAGGCGGUGGAGGAGGCCCGCCGCCUGAACGUGGCCACGGAGGACGUGCGGAGGGCCGAGAACGUGCUCGGCGCCAUGGAGGACGCGGUGGAAAGGCUCAAAGGCGCCGUCUCCCAGCAGCCCGAGGACCUCGGCCUGCUCCAGGAGAGCCUGGGCCUCGCCCGCCAGCAGGGGCUCCACGCGCACCCGGUCUACCGGGAGGCCGAGAGGCUCUUCUCGGGCACCUGCACGCCUGCGGGGCUGGUGUGGGCGCUCGAGGAGCAGCGCAGGAUCUGGGUCGUGCUCUGCCUGCGGCAGCCGCUGCCGCUCGCAGCUGGGGAGAGGGCUGGCGGCGCGGCUGUCGCACACCCCCUCGCCCUCGCAGUCUUCGAGCUGUGCCACGACGCGCAGAUCUCGCCCGAGGGCGAGCCCUACUCCGUGAGCUUCAUCCACCAGGCGCUCCUCGAGCUCGUGCGGCUGCCGGCCAGGGGCGGUGCGCCAGAGCGGCUGGACGACGUGCUGCGAGCGGCGCUGGAGAGCUUCUCCGCCACGGGCCCCGGCGGGGGGGGCCACGGGGCGGCCUGCCAGGGCGGCGCCGCCGGGGAGGUGGUCGACGCCCACGAGUUCAACCGCAUCGGCGCGGCAGCGAAGAGGGCGGGGCUGGAGUCCACCAGGCAGCUGUUGUGGCUGCUGGUCUGCCUGCUGGAGUGGGAGAGCGGCCAGCGGCUCUUCCUGGCCUUUGUGGCGGAGCAGUCUCAGCGCGCCGCGGACCUGCUUAGCGAGGUGGACUCUACGGAGCACUCCCUGAGGAGCCGGAUGACGACGCUGCAGGCCAAGGGCCAGCUGGACGACGAGACAGGCACGGGGGGUCCCAUCCCCGACCCCGAGAUCUCCCCGGAGGCCGCGAAGGCCCGCCAGCCUACGCCUCCGCCGGAGGCCGAGAAGGCCGGUGACCCCCGCGUGUCUCUGUUGCGCGGCGUGCUGGAGGGGCUCGAGCAGGUCAAGCGCGAGAUCGCGAAGCUGCAGGCCGCCAUCGUCAAGAGCAAGGGCGUCCCCGCAGCGGCGGGCUCGGAGGCGGCGCAGGACGGCGCCGCCCGCCCAGACGUCCGUCGCAUCCUGGAGCUGCUGCGCCAGGCCUGCCCGCGCAGCCUGGACGAGGCCCGGUGCGCGGUGCAGACGAAGGAGCGGGAGGCCUCGUCCAAGGCGCGGGAGAUCUACGGGGACACCUACGGGGCGCUCGAGACCAAGCUGCUGCAGCUGCAGUACCAGGGGCGCCUGGCGCUGGACGGGGAGGCGCUGUCGCACGCGGCGGCGGCGGCGCCCGCCUUGCGGAGGGGGCCGCAGGAGCCGCCCGAGAGGCAACUGCCGUUCGCCACCUUCUCGUGCUUCCCCGAGGCCGCGGCGUCGCUUCAAGACCACGCCUUCCUGCAACUGCUGGGCGUUCCCGAGACUCCUCCAAAGGGCUCAUCUGGCGAUCGCAUUGACCGCUGCUUCCAGCGCGUGGAAAUCUACGACCGCUUUAGCGAGAACAGCGGCGCGGUCGAGGACGAGUUCGAGAAGUUCUGCCGCGGAGCCGUAGCGGAAGCCCGUCAGCGUUGCGGCGGCAGGCGGUUGGUGGCUGCACUGAAGCCGCUCCUGAUUGAUCUGGUGAAAAGGAGGCAGCGCAUCUCUUCGAUGCUCAACACGCUGCGUGGAUGUGGGCUCGACAAGGUAGAGAAGAACCUCCUGAGGAAGCACCUGCAGCCUCGGGACAUCCUCAUCGCGCUCGCGUUCAGCAGCAUGCCGACGGGGCCUUCCCAGGCGCGGAUGAUGACCCUGGCAGCCAAGACGGACUCGCCGCUUCCGUUGCUGUUCGGCUGGGCGCAGCCACCGCCGGCUGGAGCCACCCCCGCGGGGGGGGGGUCCAGCCCAGGCGGCGCGGGGCUGCAGCUGUGCUCGCAGAUCCACUGGGGCGCCUUCCGGGAGCUGUUCUGCAGGCCGUCCUGUCCCCUGGUGCUCUCGCUGGGCACCCGGGAGACGCUCGGCAAGUCCUACCUGCUCCAGGCCCUCUACGCCCUGCAGGAGGUCCACCUCCGCGGCCGGCCCUCCCCAGCACUGAGGAUUCACGACAUGCCUUCGGUGGACCUCAUCGGCGACUUCGCGCGGGAGGAGUCACUCCGCGGCGUCACUCUCGCGGACGUGCACGGCUUCGAUGCCACAGAGGAACUGUGUGAGGCGCUGGUGUCCACCCUGUCCAGCUGCGCCUCGCUGAUGCUGUUGCACGUCUCGCUCAGGGGCGACUUCCGGGACGAGGCCGGCGUGCCCCGCCCCUGCCCGGGGCUGCGGGAGCUCCUCGGCGUGCUCGCGGCCUCGCGGCCUGCCAGCUGCGCCACCGUGCUGUUGCUCCUGCGCGACUGCGAUGCCGACGAGGGCGGUACCGAAGAGCAAAAGAGGCUGGCCGCCUGCAUCGGCGCCGUCCGCUCUGGCCUCGCGCGCGGCGGCGAGGAAGGCCCCGGCCUGCUGGCCUGGCCGGUUGCCUCGCUCGAUGGCCUGGGCGCCCAGGAGCUGGGGAACGAGGUGAAGUCCCUGCGGAAGGGCCGCGCCCUCGCGGACUCGAGCGGCCGCCUGGGGCCAUCGCUGGAGGAGGCCUUAGCAGUCGCGGCGGGGUCGAAGCAUAGGUUCCCAUCCAUUGCAGUGCUGCAGGAGCGCUUCGAGGAGUUUGCCGCGCAGCUGAAGCGGGGCGCUGAGGACGCCAGGCACUCUGGUGGAUCGCAGCCGCACGCCGCGGCGCCGCCUCGGCCGCUGCUGUCACCCAAGAGCGAUGACCCCUACGGCGCUCUCGCCAGGCGGAUCUUUCAGGAGCUUGAGUCUGCUGGCUCGAGCGAGGGGUUGCUCAGCACACUUUUCCCCGUGGCCCACUGCCACCAGCAGCUUACGGUCCUGUCCCAGGAGAAGGUCCGCUGCGUCAACCGCGGGCGCGAGUUCAUGGAGCCCGAGGAGCGCCGGAAGCUUGAGACGAGCGCCGACGACUUGGACAAGAGGAUCAGCAAGCUGCGCAAGUCGCGGCAGCGUGCGCCGCCACACGCACUGCUGAGGACCUUCGGGCAGCUGGUGCUGGCAGGCGACACGAGCGCCAUCGCCGCCUUCGGGGCCUACCUCGACGACUGGAAGCAGACGCGCCGCGCCCCCCUGCUGGAGGCGAAGCUGCGGCUCCGGAAGGAGCUCGAUCAGCUGAUCGACGGCGACGGCGCUGGGGAGGGCCCCGCCCCCGCCAAGGCCGCGCAGGGCCCCAGCACGCCUGCGCGGAAGCGGCCCGCCUCCGGCCUGGAGCCGGCCGGAUCGCCGGCGCCGGGGCCGCCGGCGGGGGCAAGUGGCGGCCGCGUCGAGAGGCUGCUGUCCGAGCUCGGGUCGCUGCAGCGCCGGCUGGACGAGGUGGACGUGUCCACGGACUCGUUCUGGCUGGAGCUGAUGCUGUGGCACGAGCUCGAGCGGAUCGGCGAGCGCAGGGGCCUGCGGGAGGUUGACGAGCGGCUCAGCUACGGCGCCGCGAGGGCGUGCUACCUGAGCUGGGUGAAGAACGGCAGCCCCGUGCACUUCCUGCACUCCGCGCCUCUGCAGUUUGGCGCCUUCGAGCCGCUGAGGUGGCACCCGCAGAUCUCGGGCGCCUCGCUGUUCGGCUCCGACUUCGUCGGGGACAUCCUGCGCGAGCUCGACCGCGACCUCGGCGUGGACGCGCGUCGCCGGCCCCUGCUGGUCAUCAGCGUCAUCGGCGUGCAGAGCAGCGGGAAGAGCACUCUGAUGAAUUACCUCUUCGGUUGCUCCUUCGCCACUCACGUGGGCCGCUGCACAAAGGGCCUCUACAUUUCCCUGCUAGAGACGCAGCGGGAGCUGAUCGUGAUAUUGGACACGGAGGGGCUGCUUUCAGUGGAGGCUCGGGACGACGUGUUCGACAAGCAGGUUGCCUUGAUGACGAUGGCCUGUUCCGACCUUGUAAUCGUGAACAACCGCGGCGAGCUGGGCAGACAUGUCGGAGACCUGUUUCAGGUUUGCCUCUUUGCCCUGUACCACCUCAAGCUGGCGCGGAUAUCGCCUGCGAUCGGCUUCGUGCUGCAGUGCCUUAGUAUGGUGAACCAGCAGCAGCAAUACGAGUGGGUGGCGACCGUGAAGAAGUCCCUGGAAGAGUCAGUGCAGGAGCUGCAGCAGAAGGAGAAACCGUAUUCGUUCAAGCUGCAGGACCUCGUUUUUCUCGACAGCGAGUCUAUCUUCGUCAUGCCAAGCGCAUUCAAUGACGACGUGCAGUUUGGCCAACAGGUGUCCCGGCCCACCAGCUUGUACGCCCUGAAGGCGCUGCAGCUGCGCGAGAAAGUCUUCCACUGGAUCAGUCGCGCAAAGGCCUCGCAGAAGCAGCGACUCCGUGAGGUGGCAGCGGCGCCACCCCCACAGCUGGCAGGGCCCUCGCAGGCGGCCGCGCCUUCGCAGCUGCCAGCUCUGCCGCCCGGGCAGGACGCACCACCAACUUCAUCGUUCGCAACUCUGUCACAGUGGUACGAGCACGCCCGCACGGUAUGGCAGACACUGUCCAUGUGCGGUACGGAUCUGCUGCAGUUCCGCACCAUGCGGCAGGUCCUCAUGGCACAACAGUUGCAGGAGUUCUGCGACUCCCUGGUCCAGAAACACAUCGAAGGCCGCCUCAGCUCUGAGAUCCAGGCGCUGAUUGAGCUCCACACGAGGGAGCUCCGCAGCGCAGGCACCGCUGGCGACGUGCACGCCACGGACAAUGCGUUCCGAGGUCAGCUCGACUCCGUCCGAAGCGCUGCUAUGCAGGAGAUGCACCACGAGUUCGACGAGUUUGUCAAGGCCCACGACACGAAGUUCACCGACGAACAGGUGAAGAGCGACAAGCGCUUCUCGCUUAUGGGACCCCUGCGCCGCAAGGUGGCCUCGGCGGAAAGCCUCUGGCGCAGCGGCGUGCACCUGGCCCUGGAGCAGCGGUCGAUGGACCACCUCUUCGAUGAGAUUUCCGCCAGGGUGAACGACCUCCUGUUGGAGCAGGGUGCGAGCGUGAACGUUGAGAAUGUGGAGCGCGUGUUCGAGGAGAAGUGGAGCCAAGUGAUGAACGAGACGCUCCGGAAGCAGAAGCCGAGUCUGGACAAGGUGGUGCAGGAGGUUGUUUGGCACUUCAACGCUGCGCUCUCAAACCUGAAGUCGCAGUUCCGGAAGGCGCACAUCUUCCACGGGGUGAAAUCCCUCAGCGUGCAGGAGAUGGGCGGCGACUCCGAGGUGUGCAACUCCUUCCUCUUGAGCAAGAAAGGCGUCGGCGACGCCCUCGUGCCGAAGCAAAUGCCUGUGGCCAGCAACGCGAGUACUCAGGUGGACAGCCUCUGGAUUAAGCUGGUCGAUUCAAUGAGGCUUGAGGUGGAUCAGCAAGGCCAGAUGUCAGACGCCGCCGCCCUCAAAAUCCUGAACCGCCUGAACUCUGAGAUGGAGGCAAUGGACCAGCUGCGCCAAUUACUUCACCGCUUGGGCUCCACUUUCGUCAACCGCGUGUUCCGCGAGAUCGCCAGGGCGACCAUGCAGUAUCGCUACCAGAUUGAGCAGCAGAAUUUCCAGUCCAGGGUCCGAGAAAUCAUGGACAAGAAGCAGCAGAAGCUCUGGGAAAUUCAGGCGCGCGUGGACAGCGGCAAGCGCGAGGUGCACUGCGCGAAGGUAUGGGCGAAGACAUUCGUGGACACCCUUGAUCAACAUUUCCGUGGAGCAGUCGGGCGCAUGGCACAGGAGAUUGUUUCCCACAUGUCUAACAUCCUCACCAAUCCUGGCAACGCUUGUGAGCUUGCCAUCGAGCGCUCCUUCACGAAGCGGAACUGGCGGCACGUGGUCAUGUACGCAAUCGAUCCCACCCAGUACCUCUUCAUGGAGUUCCACAAGGAGUGGGAGCAGUUCAAGCAGGGACUCGUUGACCAGUACUGCCAGGAACUCAAGAGCAACUUCGGGAGCUGCCUGCGCCUGGCGGAGGAUCGCAUGCAGGGCCUCUUGCGGCGGUCCAGCGGCCAGGGCGCGGGGGCCGGCGAGCGGAACAUGACCAUGAACCGGCUGUCUGGGGACCUGCGGGCAGCCUGCCAGGAUCUUGCGGACGAGACAAUCUCCAGCGUGCUCUGCUCCUGCCUGCCGUCCUUCCCGUCGGAGGCCGACUGGCCGCUGAACGACCUGGAGCAGUUCGUGCAGUUCGCGAGCGUGGAGCUCCGGCGGUACCGCGCAAACAUGCGCGAGACGGAGCAGACGGUGGAGAAGAGGAUGGAGCAGGAGCUCACCCGGCAGAAGGCGAACUGCUGGAAGUGCAUCUGCGGCUGUCCGGCCCGGUGCCCUGGAUGCGGCACCAAGUGCAACCUCGAGUCCGAGAACCACUGGCCCGAGAGGCCGCACGAGUGCCGGCGGCACCUCUACCCCGCCUUCAACGGCUGGCAGAAGCAGGAGGGCCGGAAGCCGUUCCUGCUGCACUGCCGCGCCCGGGCGCAGUGGCAGAUCGCCAGGACCCGGCCCCCGAUCGAGCCUGGCGGCCCAGAGCGCUACUGGGACGACUUCCAGUCCAUGCUGGAGGACGAGCAUCCAGACUGGCUGGACCCGAGGACCCGCAGGCCGCUGCCCUCCAUGGAGCCUAGCGAGGACUACGAGGAGGACUCCGCGGACCCGCCCGAGCACAUCCAGAAGGAGAUCGAGGAGAAUCGGCGGGCCUGGGCGAACACGAAGGACGCGCUGCUGGAGCACUUCACCUCCAUGGCCGACGAUCGCGACAUCGGGUGGCUCGAAAAGUACAAGCGCGAGGGCGGCGCUCUGAGCAGCGCCGACUUCGCGAACAUCCGCGACGAACUAUUCGCCGUCACGCCCCUUGAGUCCAUGGAGGCCAUGGCCCCCCUGGACGACUCCUUCGAGGACUCCUUCUGA